UCGUACGUGAGAUAUAUAUACACAUUUACACACCAAACCAUAGUACUAUACAACUAUUUAUUAUAAUUAGAUAUAUGACAUAUGUAUUGGUAAUAAAUCUAUGAAAAAAAUUAAUUAAGAAAUUUACAGAUCUUGUCUUGUAUUUAUAUAUACCCGUUCACGUGGGCCAUUCGAAAUUUGCAUGAAAGCCACUCCUUUUCUCACAAAAAAAAAACUUUAGUCUCGUUUUCUUUCUCCUCUCUCUCUCUCACAGUUUCAGAAAUAGUUACAGUAGAUAGAUCAAUGAAUAGGAUUUAAUCAAGAAGACAAGCUUUAUAUUAAAGUUUAGGUUUGGGUAUGACUCAUGCGCGAGAAUGGAGAAGAUCCACUCUAUUAAUGUUUAUCUUCCUUUCUUCACUACUCUAUCUCAUUUCCGUAAAUUCCCGGAUAGGGGCAAUUCGGGUAUUUCCAGAAACGCUGGGGACGACUACCUCUCCUGCUCCUGCUAAUAACCAAGAAGUUCCAAUGAAGAAAUACUUCAGCUCCGAGAAAUUUGCUCCGGUGGAUUCUUCAUUCGGAAAAGUAUUUAGUGACAGUAAAAGAACGGUACCAAGUGGUCCAGAUCCUCUCCAUAACUAGUAGAAGCAGUUUCUUGAUGUUUUCAUUUAUAUUUUAUUUUAUUUUCUUGUUCUUCUUAUGUAAUCGAUCAACCAACAGGUGUAUUUUACCCAAAAUACUCACGUUUUCCUCUUUUAUGUAAGGGAAAAACGAAGGUAUUUUGGAGGUUUAAAUCGCUGAUCUAUAUGUAAACAUUUCAAAUAUAUAUUUACCAUGUCAAUGUUGUAGUUUCA